CAAGUUGGCGCUGCGUCAAAUGCGCUCUUGUUUUUUUUGUUUUUAGAGUUAAUGAACAAAGUUUUCUUCAGUCCAGAAAUCAUAAAAUAAAUCAAGUAAGUACUAUUGAAAAAAAUGGCUGUUUUUUUAAGUUUUCAAUUUCGAAGGGAGUAAACCCCCCAACUUUUAAGUGUUUUGAUUAUCAACGUGUCUAAAAUCCUGGAUUACUAAUAUCAUCAACAUUCAAGAAUAAAGACCACACGCUCUCUGGAGGUAAACACGCUGCGCUUUUUCUGGAGUUUAUGUUUGAAAGAAAAUUAUAGGCCUAAAUCUACUACUUGUAGCAAAUACAACCUUAAUCAUGCCUGCAUCAAAUCCUAAGGAGCCAAAGCUAGAAGACAAUGAUAACAGUUUAGACGUCAGUGCUACUCAAAGCGCUCUUGAGGCAAUCGACACUUGUCAAAAUGAAAUUGAUGCUCUGAACGAGAAGGCCAGCGAGGAAAUCCUGACUGUGGAACAAAAGUACAACAAACUUCGCAGACCCCAUUUCAUCAACAGAAAUAAGAUAAUCCAGAAGAUUCCGAGUUUCUGGUAUCAAGCUUUUGUCAAUCACCCACAGAUUUCUUCUAUAUUAGAUGAAGAGGAAGAGGAAUGUCUUCAGUGUUUGUCCAAUGUUGAUGUGGAAGAGUUUGCAGAUAUCAAGUCAGGCUAUAAGCUGACCUUCAUUUUCAAAGAAAAUGACUUUUUCACAAACACAGAGCUAGUGAAAGAGUUUCAGCUGGCAACAACAGGUGAGCCAGAGUCCAAAUCGACUCUUAUUGAAUGGAAGGAGGGCAAAAAUCUAACCAACAAUGCUAAACAACAAGCAAAUGGCCGCAAAAGACCACUCUCUUCUCCACAAGGCUUCUUUGCAUGGUUUUUAAACAACACCGACCCAAAUGCAGAUGAAAUCGCUGAGGUGAUCAAAGAUGACAUGUGGCCCAAUCCCUUGCAGUAUUAUCUGGCCUCAGACUUGGAUGACUUGGAGGCCAGUGCCCAGAGUGAUGAGGACCUUGAUGAUUCGGUCGUAGAUGUCAAUGAUGAAGACAGUGAAGAUGACGGUCUCAAUGGAGAAAGUGAUGAAGAAGAUGAUGAUGAGGAAGAUGGAGAUGACGAGUAACUUUUGCCACAGAGAAAUGACAGCAUUGAUCAUUUUGCAUUAUUGGUUUGUCCCUUCAUAUUGCCCUGCAGUCCCACAAUUCUGUGGCUCUGGUUGACGACAUGUCAAAGAUGUUGGUUUGUCUCACUCUGUUGCCUAGCAGUUCCCGCAGAACUGUGUGUUUGCUCGGCGACAGUUCAGAUCUGCCCGGCAAAUCUGAUUGUUGAAUCUCACGCUCAGGCAGCCAUUGAACUUAAUUAUUAGAAUAUCUGUCCAUGUUUAGGUUUGUUUCCUUUAAUGUUUGGUUUAUUUGUCAUUUAACCUUUUCUCUACAGCUACCAGUGUUUUAAUGAUACUGACUGGAGUACUCACAGUUUAAGUCUCAGAUUGUAUUGCCGUUGAGUACUGUAGCUUUGUUGGAGAUCUAUAGACACUAUUUUUAUGCCUGUUUCUUGUGGUGUUUUGACCAAAGCUGAGUUGCAGUCAUGAAAAAAUGUUUCUUCUUUAAACUGAUGGCCAAGUGGUUUGGGAUAAUUUCCCCUUGUGCAGUAUUAGUGUUGGCAGAGUACACACAAGGACAUAAGUAUAAGUACUUGGCAAAUGAACAGUUCUGUCACAUUGCUAGAUAAUAGCCUACUCUUGUUUUAAUAUUUAAUUUUUAAAAAGAUUUUGGUUGCUAGGUUUUGGUUUAAGGAUGCCUUACUGUAUUGUGUAUCUUAUUAGACACUAGGUAUUGACCGUGAUUCAGUUGGGUUUUUUAAAAUCUCAGGCCUAUUUGUGGGUCAUUUUGUUCAUGUAAGAGAUGGGAGUAAUGACUACAGACUUGAAUUGAGAUGCGGUUGUAUUUGUUUAAAUUUUUAAUGAUGCCGUUCCUUAAUUCUCAUGUUGUCCUCCCCCUGUGGCUCUACCAAGACAUUUCGCCUGUUUGUAUGAUUGCUUGCUUGAAAACACAAACUUUCAAACACAUAUCCCCCCUCCCCCAAUAGUGUUAGGGCCACUGAUCGAUUCCAUCUCAAUGUCAGCAAAACAGCCCACUGGAAAAGGAUCUGCGGUAAUCGAAUAUAAUAUUGUAUGCUGAAGAUGCAAUGGUACUGGUAGUUUCCCUUGAUAACGAUAAAAGCAGGACUCGCUUAUAAGGAAAAAAUGCUGGUCCCGUCUGUCCUGUUUUAUCCGAGUUUGACUGUACAUGUGCUUAUGUCCUCUUAUAUACAUGUAUACGGAUUUGUUGACCCAAAAACUUUAGAGUAAUUUAUUAAGAUUAUUCUGACAUGGUGCAUUACUACUGCUACUGCUGCACCUUCAGUUUAAUAAUUUGACCAACUUGCAACAUUGCAGAAAUUCAGGGUUCUGGUCUGAGUAAAAUGCAAAUUUCAGAAAUUAUUAGUGGAAUAUUACGACAGUUCUGCUGCCUCCCUUGCUGAGGGACCAAGAGAGGCUAUUUCAAAAUUACAUGGUCGGCCUUUGUCUGUGUACACUUUCCAGUCUGUUGUUAAUAUUUUUAUUUUGUGGUUCUUUCUUUUAUACAUAAAAGUAGUAGUCAUAGAAGUGCUUGCAAUGUAUAGUCAGUUAAGUCUUAACUUCUGUGUAUUGAAUUUAAAAUGCUCUGAAAUUGAUGGUCUGUGCUUUUCAAGACUUCAACAAAAAUCGGAUGUCCUAAUCCGUUUUUUUCUCCCCCCCCUACUGUUUUGCCAUGCUUUGCAGAUGAUCAUUUGAUUAGAGUUGGAAAGUGCUUCCAAGUAAAUUCAGGAAUCUUUUUAGAUGGGAAGAUACCUAACAGCAAUAAUUGUGAAUUGUGGAAGCAUUCGACUUAAGGGAAGAGCUCCUAGAAUUUCAAACUUGCUCAUUUUUAGCUAUUUUGCAAUGAAAUUUCGAGUACCCGGUAUCACUGAGAAUGAUUUUCAAAAUUUAUGUGUACAGGUAUUAUCAUAUUUUUACAUGCACAAGGCACUGUAAAUCAAAAUUCAACAUUAACUUAUAUAUUUUGAUAAAAAUAAAAUAGCCUAUUACCUACACGUACAAUAACAGCUUAUCUUCAUCCACUGAAAAUUUGAAAGCUCUAGCUUGAAUACUUUAGAGAACAACUACUUUUACACUAGUCACUCAAUCUAAAUCAUACUUUUUGAGGAAUUUUGUUUUUAAAGUUGAAAGAUGCUUUCACUCAAAACGGAAAAACAGGAAAAUGUAGCUUUCUUCAAGAACAUUGUAAACUCACUUUUCUACUGAAACAAACAUAAACGAAAUAGCCGGUUGUAAUCAAUGAAGAAAAUAAUCACUACUUUGAAUUUUCUGUCGUUUGACCAAAACUUUUUCUUUCAGCAUAUUUUUUCUCUCAUUGUUUCAUUAAUUUCUUGAAACUGCAAUCAAUAAUAUUGUUCAUGAUUUCUUGAUACUUUGAUUUUGUAUGGAUGAUGGGAAAAUGGAGGACUAGACAGAGAUGUUUCUGUGAAGAUGUAUUUGAACUCAUGAAGUGACUGCAAGGUGGUCUGCCCCAUCUUGAGAUUCAACCAGUUAUUGUUUCCAUUGGAUAUUGUGCUGAAAAUUUAUUAUAAUAUAAAUUUGUUGGAGGCUGAAUAAAAAGCAUUGAUGUAGUUUUA